GACUUUUCUGUGAAGCUCAGUGGAAGGCGGGCCUCUUUCUCUCUUGUUGCACUUUGCUCUCCUUUCCUGCAGCACUCUCUCCACAGUUCGGUCUGCAGUGGUGACCAUGGCGCUCCGAGCAGGACCUUCUCUCUUCUGUCUGCUGCUGUUUGUGCUCAGUGUGGCUGCAGACCGAGACGCUCCUGAAGUCCACACAAAGCUUGGCAGUCUGAGAGGGAAGUAUGUGAGCGUAAAGGGGAAGGAGCCCGGGGCCCACGCCUUCCUUGGUGUCCCGUUUGCCAAACCACCUGUCGGCCCCUCCCUCAGAUUGGCCGCACCCCAACCUGUAGAGGGAUGGAACGGCAUGAGAGAUGCAACCAAGCAACCCUUCAUGUGCAUUCAAAGCAUAGAAAUUGUCAAGGACCUCUUGAAACAACUUGGUGCCCUGCUAGCAGAAAUUCCUGACAUUUCCGAAGACUGUCUUUACCUCAACAUCUACGCUCCUGCAAACAGACCGCAAAAUGCCAGGCUCCCAGUCAUGGUGUGGAUCCACGGCGGAGGUUUCUCUUUGGGUUCUGCUUCAAUGUUCGAUGGUUCCGCCUUGGCUGUCUAUGAGGAUGUAAUUGUGGUUCUAAUCCAGUAUCGACUGGGCGUUUUGGGCUUUCUAAGCACUGGAGACGAGCAUUUGCCCGGGAACUUUGGCCUGCUGGACCAGAUCGAGGCUCUGAAGUGGGUCAAGGAGCACAUCAGCAGUUUUGGAGGAGAUCCAAAUUCAGUCACUGUUUUUGGCGAGUCGGCUGGUGGAGUGAGUGUAUCUCUGCUGCUUGCCUCUCCAUUGGCUAAAGGUCUGAUUCAUGGCGGGAUUGCUCAGAGUGGAACUGCUGCAAUGGACUUACUUGUGACAGAUCAGCCAUUCCAAGGACUGCAGGCGGUAGCAAACGCAUCAGGCUGCAGCCUUGAAAGUACAAAGAAGAUUGCAGAAUGCAUGAAAAAUGUGGAUCUUGACACUCUGAUUUCAUUUACGAAUAAUCUAAAUUUAAGACUUACUAUCAAUGUUGACGGACACUUCCUGAAGAAACCUGUGCCAGAGGUCUACCAGAAACGUGAAGUCCUCAAUGUGCCGUUCAUGACUGGUACAACUAAUCAUGAAGCAGGAUGGUUGCUUUCUAAUUUCUUCGCUCCUCCAAACUGGACAGAAGGCUUAGACAGAGAGCAGAUUAUGAACGCAGUAUCCAUGCUCUACACCGACCCUAAAGAUGAAUACAUCAGAGAUUUGAUAGUGAGCGAGUACACUGGCAAUGGAGAAGACCGAAUCAGAAACCGAGAUGCAUUCACAGAAAUGCUUGGAGAUUUGUUUUUCACCAUUCCUGCCCUUAAAUCUGUGAAUGCUCACAGAGAUGCGGGCGUUCCUGUGUAUCUGUACGAGUACCAGCACCCUCCCUCCUUCCUGAAGAAGAACAGGCCUAGCUUUGUGAAGUGUGACCAUGGAGACGACAUCUUCUCAAUCCUGGGAUUUUGCUUCACGACCACCGAUGUCACGAUUAAUGAGAAAUGCUCCCCAGAGGAAGAAGAGUUCAGCAAAAUCAUGAUGAACUACUGGGGCAACUUUGCACGUACAGGAUCUCCCAAUGCCAAAAAUCUUGCACACUGGCCGAAGUACGACGCAGACGAGGAGUACCUGGCCCUUGCUUUGAACAAGCAGGUGAUUGGUCGGCACCUGAAGAAAGAGCGCUUUGUUUUUGCCACAGAGGUCCUACCAGAGAAGAUUCGACAACAUCAAGAGAAGGCAGAACACGUGGAGCUGUAAUAGCGCUUGCAAUUGGAGCCAAAGGGAUUAUAAUUACGAGGGACAUAAAAAAAAAAAAUCUGAGAUUUAAUUCUGUAGCAAAAAUACAAUAGCACCCAAAAUGCUACAGUUUUUUUCCCCUUUUUCCCCCUGAGUCAUAUUUUUAAUGGAGAUUUCACACUAAACCUGGGCUUUUAAAUGGAAUAUCUUAAAUAUCAUAUAAUAAAAAUAACAAAAGCCUAUGCUUUAUCCUGGUACUAUUAAGGUCCAAUAUCUAAGAAUAUGGAAUUUUCAAAGAAUCCUUCUUAAAUCAAUUUUUAAUCCCAACAAAUAUGAAGCACACUGAAACUCCAUACAAUAAAGUGAUGUGACAAAAA